UUUUUAAGAGGAUGGCAAGAUUAGACAUAAAUUCAAGAAAGCUUUUAUAUCCUAUUAUUCGUAGGCAUAUGGAGAGAAUUGAUGUGUUGAGGCGAAUCAUUCUUGUGAUUACAACUCUCAUAAGACAUCACUGUCAAAAAUAUUAUUUAAAGGCCGCACGUUCAGUGAAUGAGAUAGACCGAUCUCGUUACAUUCACAAACUGAUCUAUGAGAGUGACACCACAUGUCAUGAACAAUUACGUAUGGAUAGAUACACGUUUAGAAGGCUAGUUAACAUGCUUCAAACGAUUGGACGGCUAAGAGCUACAAGAAACCUGACAGUUGAUGAGCAAGUUGCUAUUUUCUUAUACAUACUAGCUCAUCAUCAAAAGAACCGUACAAUGAAAACUAAUUUCUUGCGGUCAGGAGAAACAAUUAGUAGAUAUUUCAAUAAGGUAUUGAGCUCAGUUCUUAGGCUUCAAGGUCAUUUACUAAAAGUUCCUUCACCUGUAGCUGAGGAUUCCUCUUAUGUCAAAUGGAAAUGGUUUAAGAAUUGCAUAGGAGCUCUUGAUGGUACUCACAUUGAAGUAAAAGUAUCUGAGGUUGAUAAACCUAGAUAUCGAAAUCGAAAAGGUCAUACUUCUACAAAUGUUUUAGGAGUAUGUUCGCAAGACAUGCAAUUUAUUUAUGUGCUUGCGGGUUGGGAAGGCUCAGCAGCUGAUGGAAGAGUGCUUCGAGAUGCUUUAAGUAGAAGAAAUGGAUUACCAAUACAAGAUGGUUAUUACUAUUUAGUGGAUGCGGGAUACACAAACGGCAAAGGCUUUCUUGCACCUUUUAGAGGGCAAAGAUACCAUCUUACUGAAUGGAGGACUGGACGUCAACCAACAACUCCAGAAGAAUAUUUUAAUAUGAAGCACUCAUCAGCAAGAAAUGUUAUUGAGAGAUGCUUUGGAAUGUUAAAAAUGCGUUGGGAUAUAAUUAGAAAUCCAAAUUUUUAUCCAAUCAAGCAACAAGACAGAAUUAUAAUGGCGUGUUGUCUUCUUCAGAACCACAUUAGAGAUCAUAUGCCAGUUGAUCCUAUUGAAACUUAUAGAGCCACAGGAUUAAAUGCUGAAGCUCCAAAAGAUGUGAUUGAAGACUUAGAAAGAGAUCAAAAUGUGGACCAAGCAGAUGAAGAAUCUGAUAAUGAUAGUGUUCGUAUUAUGUUACCAAACACAACUUCUCGAUGUGAAGGAACUUCAAAAAAAUCUGAACGAAAGAGAAGAAGAAGUACAGAUGGCUUGAUUUCAAGUUUGAGGUACAUGACCGAUACACUUACUACUAACAUGGAUAAGUCUAAUGAUCAAAUGGGUAAGUAUAUGGAAAGCAUUGUUGGAGUUGAUCAAGAAAGGAAGGAUAAUCGGCGUAAGCUUAAUGAGGAACUGCAAAAAAUUGAAGUUUUAACGCACUCACAAAGACAAAGAGCUGCAAUGAAACUUGUUCGAGAUCCAAAUUUAUUGGAUUACUUUUUCACUCUUGAUGAUCAUUCUCAGAAAGAAAUAUUUCUAAUUGAAUUGCUUGGAUAG